AACCGCACUCGGAAAAGGCGGGAAAAACUCCGGCAAUAAUGUGCGAUGGCGCGCACCACACUCCAACCCAACGGGCUGACGGAUGACAGGACAUCGUGCCCGUGUAGGUAUUCCAGCCAGCGUCGUCUUCCACGGACCAAACGCAAAAGCAUCGCACCGAAACGGCUCCUUCUGAGGAAUCACGCCGCUCGCUCGAGACGAAAUAAAAACGGACAGCCUAAUCAUAACGUUACGGCAAAUCGAACGGGCCGCAUCGUCGUCGGGGACAGUUCCGUCCUUGGGGUCCCGAGAGUUGUUGCUGCGGUUUGCGGCGUGACUCGGAAGACGGUGAAACCGUUGGAAAAUAAAUAGUUUCCGCUCAGGUUCUUGCGGUGGAGUGUGUGCGUGUGUAUGUGCGAUUGUAAAAGCGCGGAAUUGCUUCACGUGGUUUUGUGGUUCGGACGUGUGUUUGACUGACAAGUGAUUACUCCGGGAUUCAGGAAGCGAAACAGUUUAAUUGUGCCAAACCUCUCAGCGUUCGUGAAAAAUUGAAUUUGAAUGGAUUACUCACAGGGAGACAUAUAAUUGGAAAGAGACGUACACAGUCUGGCAUUACUUUCCAUGGCAAUGAUUCUGCUAUUGCUAAUGUACGGCGUACUGCCGGGACCAUUAAUCACGUUCGUCUCCUGCUACUCGGUGAAAUCCGGCCACGUGCAGCAGCAUAACACCCUUGAGAAUGGUCUGCUGAUUGCAGCCAACGUUUCCAUCGGCCAUCUGCGGAAGCACAAAUAUUUCUAUUAUAUUCCACGAAUCAAUAAUGCACCGCACAACCGCAAACAACGCAACUCUUCCACGUACUCCAAGACUGACUUUGACGUCGACAAACGCGAAACCGGUCGACCUUUGCCCCUUGAGCUCCGUCGUCUUCGUCACAUCCCCAUAGAACGCAAAUCGCAGGAGCAACAACCUCCUCCUCCUCCACCACAAGUGCAGCACUCUCAAGAGCAAAAAUUCCAACGCUACUACAUCUACAACACGGCCCCCCGAAGACGCAACUUCCCUUCGUCGGCACAGAUCGAUGGCUUCAUGGCCGAUAAGAAUCAACUCUUCAAAACUGGAACACGACCUUCGGCGCGACUGUCAUCCAAUGGAUCGUCGUCUGACGACCGCUACGACGACGCCAUGCUGCGAAAGGUCAAGAAGCGCUCCGCUGCCGACGACAUGCUCAGCAAAAACAUUACGCUUAUUUUGGAGAAUCUUUUGAAGAGUUACGAAAACUCGCAGAUGCCUACUCACGGUCAAGGGAUUCCAACGAUUGUUAAAACUAAUAUUCUCAUCCGAAGUAUGGGGCCGAUGUCAGAACUGGAGAUGGACUACUCGAUGGACUGCUACUUCCGUCAAUAUUGGCGCGACAAACGACUCAGCUUUCACGGCCCCAUCAAGAGCCUAUCGUUGAGCAUCAAAAUGCUGGAACGCAUCUGGCGUCCCGAUACCUACUUCUACAAUGGAAAGCACUCGCACGUUCACACAAUAACCGUUCCGAACAAGCUGCUCCGACUGAGCCAAGACGGUGAAAUACUGUACUCCAUGCGUCUGACCAUCAAAGCGUCCUGUCUGAUGCAGCUGCGCAGCUUUCCCAUGGAUCGACAGUCCUGUCCGCUGGUUCUCGGCAGCUACGCUUACUCCCGUCAGCAGCUAAUUUACCAGUGGCAAAACGACGAAUCGGUCAAUUUUGUACCAGGAAUGACCCUGUCGCAGUUCGACCUGAUGAGUUUCCACCAGAAGAAUUACACCUUCGCCCGGCGAGAAGGCGAGUUUUCCGUGCUGCACGUGUCGUUCAAUCUGCAACGACACACCGGAUACUUCCUGAUUCAGGUGUACGUUCCGUGUAUUCUGAUUGUGGUGCUGUCGUGGGUGUCGUUCUGGAUCCACCGUGAGGCGACCAGCGAUCGAGUGGGAUUAGGCAUUACGACCGUGCUGACCCUGUCGACGAUCAGCUUGGACUCAAGGACGGAUCUACCCAAGGUGCGGUACGCCACUGCGCUGGAUUGGUUCCUGUUGAUGAGUUUCUUUUACUGCAUUGCCACGUUACUGGAGUUCGCCGGUGUGCAUUAUUUUACGAAGGUCGGCAGCGGCGAGAUCCCCCUGGACGAAGACGAAUGGGAAGACAUCGACAACGUGGUGGAGAUCGGGUUGAACAUCGUCGCUGGCAGUACCGGCGGCGGGGGCGGCGGCAUGAUUCGAUCGCGAACGGCCUCAAUCCACGACUCGCCACAGCGGCUGAUGGCGGCGCGAAGACGCAGCUCGUUGAUCUGUCCCAUUUACAACGAUCCGCAACACAUGUUUAAGGCGACGACAUCGCAUCUGUCCACCAUGGAACGCACGACGCAAACCGAACCGCCGAAGGAACCCCGCUGGAAGCAGCUGUGGUUGUGCUUUCUGGGGGACGAUCAGUUCCGUCGGAGGCGGCAGCGGGAAGCCACCGGAAGGGGUGGUGCCAGUCGUCACGUAAACAGUGUAUCGCUGAUCGAUCAGGCCGCCAGGGUGCUCUUUCCGGCGUCGUUCACCUUUUUCAACGUGCUCUACUGGUUGUGCUAUUACACCUACCAGGCGGACUUCACCUGGGCUCCCCUGAAGGAGGUUUGAACUGGUUGAUGGUUUCAAAAAUAUAAAAUAAACUGUUAUAGUCAUAGUCUAGAUAUUGGUAAAAACAUUUUACGAGUUAAUGAAAGUCUGACUUUAAAGUUAGCCAAUUUUAGAAACAAUCAAAGCCCAUCGAAUAAGAAUAACCCAUAGUAUAGCUAGCCUUAAUUGUGGUGCCGUCAUCGGAGCUUGCAGGUCAUUGCAACACGUCUGUUCUUCGGCAAAGUUACGUCGGAAGGAUUUCUUUCCAAAUCAACACGAAUCCUGGAGAUCCUAGUCAAGUUCUGAUUUAAUUCCUUAAAACCGUUCUCAGAUUUUACGUUAUAUUAAAUAAAUAAAGCACAAAUACACAAACGAUUGUUGCAUGCUGUGGUAGUAGCAAUAUAAUAAAAUAGUGGUCGUCGA